GGUUUGCCAACUCCAACUCCAUGAAAGAAGAAGAGACAGAGCAGUAUGCGGUGAGUUGCAAGUGUUAAGGUAUAGUUGGUGAUAAUGUUCAGAGACACUUUCUGUUGAAGUUGAUGAAAUGGUCCCUCCACCCUGAGAGUGGUCAGUUCAUUAUGUUCUCAGAGAAAGAAACGAAAAGAAUCCGAGAUCUCAGGGAGCCGCAGGACGAUAAAAACUUUGUCUAAUAAUGGCGUUCGGUCCGAGUGUAAAGAACCAAUCAGAUGCCUUCAAGCCUCGUCCUGCGCCCGCUCCCCUCUUACCCUUCCUCCCCGCGGCACGGGUGGGAGGUCCACUCCUCUUCUGUUUACCUUGUUAGCUGGAGAAAACGUGACCAGUUUGCAAUGAAGACGCGGCCGAAAAUACCUAUUCCAGCGUUACCUGUGAAGGCUCGGCCGGACAAACGGCCGAGGAAGAGAAGGACGUUCGAGGAAAAGGCUGCGAUGAAGAAGGCUCGGGAUAAAGCAAGAGCGCAAACCAGAGUGAACAUCGGGGCAGCCUUCGAGCAGUGGAGACAACUGAGGAGUCUGAAGAAGCUGAAGAGCGAUCAAGCGGUUGCUGCGUGUCUAUUGAAAAGGUAAUUAUUAUUUUUUGCUUUGGUGAAUUUUCCCCCCGGAAACAAGUAAUGUUCGCAAAUUAAGCAAGUUUUGUAGUAGGAGUAAGUCCGAUGCUAAAGUUAGCUUUUCUCUGCAUGUAACCCCCAACUUACACUGCAUCCGGAACUGUAGUGAUGUGUCCUUCAGUGCCGUGAAGGGGGCGUUUCUGCGAAGCGCGUAUUGAGGCUUGCUCCAUGUAGGGGUGGAGCCAAAAAUGAUGACGUCCGAAGCCUCGCUACCAUAGACUGUAUAUACUUUGGACAACCUGGUUCCGCCCUCCGCCUGUAUACGGAUUUGAAGCCAAAAAGCUCUCGGUAUUUCCGGGAUUUUUCUUCAUUUCCCGAAACCAGAGCUGCGCAGUAGCGAUGCGCGCAUUUGGCCGCGCAGUCGCAGAGUCGCUGUGAUGAUGCUCGGCUCAAACAGUGUAUUCCCCGGGUGAGCUACGCAAUCCCUGAAUGCCAAUAGGCUGGAUCAGGUGUCAAUCAUAGAAAACAUGAACCCCCUUAUAACUUUUAAAAACGGAGUUUCACAGAAAAAAGAGGACUUGAGCACAAACCAGUCUUACAAUAUCCACAUGUCAACAUCGCAACCAGGGGGGAGAAAAAUAUAUAUUCUGUUUAAUAAAUUUCUAAAGUUUGUCCACAGCUCCAUAAGCUUUGCUGGCGGAGGCGAGAUUUAUGACCUAAAGCAGGUUUCAUGGCGGAUUACAAACAGCGGUAAUUGCGAGAACUUCUUCUUCUUAAAUGGAGUUUAUUGACGGUUGGCAAACUAACUUGAAGGUGCAUUACCACCACUUACCUUACUGGAGUGUGGAUCAGUAAAUUGGCAAAUCCCGAGAACUCACAAGAACCCGCGGAUUCACGUGCAGUCACGCAAUAACGAGUCGUCUCUAUAAAGAGCCACAGAGGCUAACCACAAAAAGCAGUAGAUUGUGUCCUUUCAGAGGAGGAAAUCCACCUCUAGACUUCUAUAACCAACAUCUCUUAAUCUGUGGUGUCAUCGGGCUGAAAUGCUAUCUGAAAACCUUUUACUGAAAAUCUUUCACUAGUUCGUCCCUCCCCAUUUGCAUGGUGUGAACUAUGGAGUGUUUUAUUUUGAAAAGAAGCCGGAUGUUUUAUUUUGUGUCUGUUCCCGACUUCCUUUCUAGCACUGGUUAAUCUGUGCUGAAUUUAUCCGGCAUGCUCCAGCAUGACUUCUGACUUCUAAGGUAACUCGAACUGUAGGAAGGUAAUGUUGGUUUCGGUACAAGAUCAGGCGAUUUUUGACAAGCAAAGAGCUCUCUUACAUGCUUCACAUGGUCUAGUAGCUACGUUGUUACAUAUUAACAUGCAGUUGUUUGGUUUUCCUCAGUGUUAUUGUACUGUAGUGGUUGGUUGAUCCGGUUUGUGGGUCAUUAUAUUUUUUAAUACUGCUGUUCACACUCCAGUACGGUAGGUGGCAGUGAUCCACAAAGGUGGGCGCCACCCACAACAAAUAAGAAAAACAGAAGAAGUAGCUAAGCAAUGGCGGAGAUCCCGGCGGGAAAAGUUGCUAAAUCCCGGUUAGCAGUAACUGCAUUUAUCGUGAAGCAACGUAAAAAAUCUAAAAGUCUUGCGUCAAAACAACAAAGAAAAGAAGAGUCGGAUGAAGGACGAAACAAAAGCCGUGUAUUGAUUGGUAAAGAGUGUCUAAGAUGGAGAGAGCUGCUGGAUAAAAUCGGUCUGAAGUUUGACAACGAGCUCGCUAUUCUCCUCUUGGACGGGUAAGCCGAUCAUUUUAUUCAUUAAAUACAUCCAAAUGUGUCUUACGGUUAUUAAACUGGGCUGCAAAGGAAGGUUAUGGUGGUUUCGGUGUAAAAUCAAGCGAGUUUUGACGAGUGAAGAGUUUGCUUACAUGCUAAUCACGGUCUGGAACAGCUACGUUGUUUCAUAUUAACACGCAGUUGUGAGGUUUUCCUUAGUGUCCUCUGUGUUAUUGUGCUGUAGUGGUUUGUUGAUCCUGUUUGUGGGUCCUUUUUCUGUCAGACUGACGAUUUGUGUCCGCGUUGAAUGUUGUAAACAAUGAAGCGUUGUGCUGAUCGACGCCAAAUCCAGACGACAGCAGGGGCGUGUCCAGCCUUGUUUUGACUGGGGCUGUAACAGACGGGGGUGACUGGGGUCUGUGUGCACAUCACAGCCUGGACUAAAGGUGGUUAUAGUCUCAGUAAUGACAGUCAUUAGUGUCUUAAGAAGAGUUUAGAAGUACAUUAACAGGGUUUCCAUAUUGAAAACAUGUUGAUAACCAAACCUGCCAUCAGAUGUAUCAGAGGUGGGACUCUACUUAUGCAAAAAAAACAUUAUUUUAAUGUCUAUAAAAUCGAUGACCCAUAAAAUAAGAAAAUAUAUGUUUGGCAGCUUGUCUCCUUAAUAAAUCCAAAAGUUAAUUAUGUUAUUUUCAAUAAUUUUCUACUUUCAAGUACACUCUGAUCCUUUUCACUGGAUUUCUACUUACUUACUUACUUAUCCUCGUCGUCCCGGUUGGGGCAUAAGGCCGCAGUCAUACACUGCCACUGAACCCUGUCUCGUGCUUUGGCUUGUGCUUCGUCCCAGGAAAGACCCAUCUCCUUCAGCUCCAUCAUUACCGUCCUUUGCCAGGUGUUCUUUGGCCCGCCUCUCUUUCUUUUCCCAGUUGGAGUCCAUCUCAGGGCAACUUUAGGUAGCCUUUCAUUGGGCAUCCUCAACACAUGUCUGAUCCAUCUUAACCUGCGUCUCUUUAUCUCGAAGGGACAUAUGCAAGCUGCCUGUCUUUUUGUAGAGUUCUUCAUUUGAGAUCCUAUUUGGCCAAAAGAUGUUACAGAUUCUCCGUAAGCAGCUGUUGUGGAAGACAUCAAGACUGGAUUUCUAGGUGGUAUUUAAUCCUUUAUUAAUAAUAAAUAAUUGAAUAUUAAAUUUGAAGAGGUUUUCAUAGUUUAAAUUAAGUUAUAAAAUAGAUUUAUUGUGUUAUACGAAAUCCCUCAGUGAAUCCCGUUUGAUUCAGAGUAAAGGUCUUUUCACACCGGUGCCAUUUUUUGUUGUGCGAUUAUUUCGGACGUCAAAUGUUUUUUUGAACCCGUAUCCUGUCAAAACAAGCGUUCAUAUCAGCAAGUUUUCCCGUCCUGCGAUAUUGCGACAUUUAUUUUUUCAGCUCAUAGUCGAUUUUUCCAAAGUUUUGCAUACUGUGUGACCAAUCAGAUUGCGUGUUGUUCACCAGUAUAUCCUGCUGUGUUUACCGUGACCUGUAUUAUAAUUAUUAUUAUUAUUCAUAACACUUACUGUUUGUGUCUUGCAGUUAUGAAAGCAACAAGGUAAGAAGUACUCCGUCCAAGAAUAGAUACUCCGACAGAAUGACAAACCCAGAACCAUCAGGUGAUUGGACCGCAUCUCUCUCUGAUCAGUGAGUCUGGAUCUUAUUUUGUUUGCCAUUUUCAUUGCUUUAAUUUCUCCCAAAAAAUAUAAACAACAAAGCAGCUGAACUUACCAGGAGUUGGCUCCUUGUAGUCUGAAUGUAAUCAUUUUGUUUUCAGAGAUGAUGACUCGGUUAUUUGGGUCGGGGAGCAGGACAUGAGCAAGAAUGAGGACACGUCACCUCAGGAACUGGCUGAAAGGUAUACUAUUCAUCCAAUCUGAUUCACCUGUCUCAGUUUAAAGGUGGGGUAGACAGGAAUCUGUUAAAUUUGUAAUUAUCUGAAGUAUUUAUCUGCAUUAUAUCUGAAUUUAAUUGGAACGAUACGAGCGAGCAGGAGCAUCUGUUUGUGGGCGGGGCUUACUGGAGCAGAGAGGGAGGGGAGAGGAGGAGCUGAGGGGAAAACUGGUUGGGAGAGGUAGCGUUUACAUUCAAGAUUUCUCCUAAAAACUGGAACUUCUUCAGAUCCUGUCGACCCCACCUUUAAGUGAUGAAGAGUCAGAUUCAGAAUCCCCCAUAGAUGCCCCUGUCUGUGAAUUCCUUUGCUGUGUUUGUGGACAUGAGCUCCUUGUUAAAUGGCUCAGGGUGAUGUUGUUAUUAUUUGCCCCCAUCUGUAGCACUGACCUGGCAGAUGAAGCCUGUUGCCCCGAUGAAGAGACAGAAUCUGUCCCGUCUAUGGAAGAGGAGGAGGAGGAGGAGGAGGAAAGAGGAGAAGUUGGCUGGGAUGAUGACAGUGGCAGCGAUUACGAGCCUCCUUUUUAUGUCCGGUGAAUAUUUUUCACAUCUCUCUGGCAUCUGUUGAUUUUAAAUUGUCUCUGUUUUGUCUGCGUUGGAGUGAGGGAUGUAAUGAAGUGUGUUCUGUAACAAUAAAGCCAUUCGAUGGUGCUUUGUUUUCUCAACAGAAUUAGCAGUGCUAUCCAUACUAAAACCUGCCAUACUCAAGGUGAACUUCCAACUGUUAGUAUGGAGGACACAGCAGAUUCUUCAGGUAGGAAUACGACUUCCAGAGAUUCCCCUGAGAUGCCUGAGACGCUUGAGGACGUCACCUCAGCUGAGUGCCAGGUCAGUGAACCAUUUCUGUCAAAGGUCAAAUCUGAGUGUCGUAGUUUUGUCUUGGAAAACAGUUUAACUACGAUUAAACUUAAACCUGAUUAUGUUAAUGAAGGACAUCAGUUGAGACUUUAAAACUCUGUGCAUUUUAGUGACUGAAAUGCGUUUUGUCACAAAAUCAGGAAACUUCAGAGGAGGAGAGCUGUUCAGCAGACCAGACCUCAGAGCUCUGGCUCAGCGGGCCACAAAAAAUUCACCUGAGCGAGACUGUAACGCAGGACCAGGACCAAGGAACAUCCACAGGUGAGGUUAACUGAGUUCAAACUUGACUCAGAUUGAAGAUCUUUGUCAGUUUCACUUAAAUCCCUUAAAAAUGUGAUUUGAUUCCAGUAAUGUGUGACGAUUUGCUGAAAAACUCUCUUUCCAAAGAUGUUAAAAACAAAACCCUGUGCCUUUUAAAACUGUUACCUUAAAUACGUUCUUCGCUUAAACAAGAUUUGGUCUUCUUCAAAUAGUCUUUUCUUGAAAAAAAUAAAGGUGGUCAUCAUUUUUUCAGGCCAGUGCAUGUUUUAAUUUCUUUAUUGGUGUCUUUUAAGGAGACUCUUCAGGACAGCUGGAUCCUAAAUAUGGCAGCUCUUAUAUUCAGCACCAGGAAAAGUCAUCUAGGGAGCUGGAGCAGCACCAGGAGCCUCAAAGACCCAAGAAGAAGUUUGACUGUCCGACCUGUGGAAGGCCUUUCCCUUCUAGCGGGGCUCUGCGGCGACACCUUGUGAUCCACUCCGGAAAAAGACCGUACAAGUGCUUCAUUUGUGGGAGAGGAUUUACGCAGGGAGGAAACCUUAAAACACACAUGAAAACUCACAAAGGUCAGAGCCGUCGAAGGAUAUUAGUGAUCUGCAAAAUGACAUGAAACCAUCAGGAAGUGAUUAGUUUGAUGUUUGGUUUUACACGCCUUUCAGUGUCGUGUUGAAGUGAUUGAAAACAUUCCCAAGGCUGCAAAGAUUUAAGGUCCUUUCAAACCGGGACCGUUUUUGUCGUAUGAUUAUUUCGGAUGUCAAUAUUUUUUUUCGAACCCGUGUCCUGUCAAUACAAGCGUUCACAUCAGCGCAAUUUUCCCUUUCUGCGAUAUUGCGGCAUUUAUUUUUUUUUCGGGUCAUGUUUGAUUUUUCUAAAGUUUUUCUACAGUUUGCUCAACGUCUUUGUUUUAACUUUCAUCUGUGCUAACGUAAGCUAACGGUUGUUACCGUAGUUUCAUGUGCUUAUCUUAUCGCCUCUGAUUGGCUAUAAGUGCUGACCAUUUGGCUUGUGCGUGUGAUGACGUUUCCACCUUUUCUAGCCAAUCAGAGGUGAAGGAGGUGGGACUUUCCCCGGGAAAAGUCUUCCCCGGGAUGCGUCUUUUCGCCACUGGAAAGUCACAAAAUCACAUCAGGCUUGAUGUGUUUAGUCAGAUGCGUCAAAAUUCGCCUCCGAAUAUUUCAUAAUUUCGCGUUCUAUAUUCGCCCCGGUGAGUAAGGACUUUAACUGGCAAUAAAAAAGGAGCGGAUAGUGGAGCUUUGGGCAGAUCAGUCUUGUCUACUGUUGACAUCAACUGCAGGGUCUCCCCUACAUGUAAUGGCGCACCGCCACGGCUAAAUAAAAGCCGCCACACCUCAACAAUAACGUUUUUUUACACGCUACGUCCAACUCAGUAUGUAUUAGUAUAUGCAGCACACACUGGCUGCACCGUGGGCGUUUGUACCGAGUAUUAGCAUUAGCAAGUUCUGAGUUGUCACAUGCGAAUCCACAGCUGAUUAAUGGGAAACACUGAGCUGUCAAAAACCGCUAAAAGAAUCUAGUUGUAGUCUUGUAAAUAGUGACCAAACAAGAUUCGCAGUCCUUUUAAAUUCUCAGUCUGGGACUAGGCUGUCACUAAAAACUCCAAACACUUGUCUUUACAUGUGAGCUGAUUGUUUUCCAGGAGUCUUUUCAAAAUCUUCAAGUCCUCUGGUGGAAUGCUGGCCUUAGUUGCCAACGCUCGGUUGAUCCAGUCUUGUAGUUUUAGGCGUAACCGAAUCCGCUUAUUACAUGUAUGAAUAAAGUGCUGCUCAUAAAAGAAAGUGAGCGAUCUGAAGUGACUCUGCCCACUGUUUAAAGCUAAUGGAUGAUCAGUGUCUUCUGUUUUUUUUUUUCACAGGGGAUUUAUCAAAAUGGACAUUAGUGAAAGAGAAGAGCCCCCCUAAAGAAACUCCUGUGACAGUUCAUCUCUGUGGAGAGUGCGGUAUGGAGUUCCCUCAGAAACAACAGCUUGAAGAUCACCGCCAGACUCAUAUAAAGCCAUAUUCAUGCCCCGACUGUGGAAAGACAUUCAAGAAUGAGAGUUACAUUAAUAUACACAGACGCGUUCACUCGGCAGAUUCACCUUUCCUCUGCUUGGUGUGUGGAAAAAGAUGCGCCACAGCAGAGACUCUACGGAUGCAUGAAAUCACACACACUAGAGAAAGAAACUACAUCUGCUGCGAGUGUGGGAAAGCCUUUUUACAAGCGUCCCACCUCAGCGUACACAUCAGGACUCACACAGGAGAGCGGCCACACCUCUGCCCGGUCUGUGGUAAAAGCUACUCCAGGUCGUUUCCUCUGAAAGUUCAUCUGCGAGUUCACACCGGAGAGAAACCCUUCAAGUGUGACAAAUGUGGCAAGUGCUUCUAUUACUCUCAAGGUUACAAAGCUCAUCUGAAGGUCCACGACAAGAAGCCGAAACCUCCGUCGAAACCACUGGGGAGACCGAAACAACAGCCGUUGAUGGAAAAAGAUGGAUAAUGCUGAAGUGUUGGGCCUAACAUGCCUCGUUUGAGCUGGAAAGACGUUAGUUAAGCUUGUUAAUAUUCUAAAUGUGAAAUUUUUACUGAUUGUAAGUGUUGGUGUUUUUAAAUCGAAACAAAACACCAAAUAACUACAAAAAAUAAAUGUUUCCCAUGUGUUAACCAGGUUAUCUCCACUACAGUGAGUUUCAUUAAAGGUCUGACAUAGUGAAAAGCUCUGCCCUGGCUCUCUUAUUCUGAAAGGUACUACAACCGUAAGUGAAAUAAAAGAUUCUGAUUGUCCUUACAAAUGUUUUUCGAAGUCUUAAAAAAAUGUUCUCAAUGUGCCUUAUAGCCUUUAUUCUCUCACUCUGGGUUAGUACACACAACCGCAACCAUGGGGAAGAUUGUUGACAUGAAAGGUCAGAAAACAUGAUGACCACUGAUGAUGAAAGUGGAGCUUCAACCAAACCUGACCCAUGCGUAACUCAUCUGACGGAAGCAGCAGCAGAAAAAACAAAUCAGGUAUCCUGUUUGAUCCAACCACAAACAGAGACAGGUAGCCAACCACCUGGAUACACACCUGGCUGAGAGUCUGCCACUUUUUAGGACUUUUAAAAAGCAGAAAUCUGUGGCAUCAGAAUCCUGGGUCUAAGUGUUGUUCUCUUCGUUCAUGUGUUAUCUGUUGAAUACACGCCUGUGUAUACAAAGGUACUGUCUGCAUGGUAGACCCUGUCUGUAUCAUAUCACAAUUUCAAAAUAUCUACUCUGUUAAAAGACAAAUAAACACUUUAGUCUUCGCAAUCAACUUA